AUGUAUCUUAUCGAAUUGGCGAAACGUGGUGAAAUUGUACCAAAUGAAUUGCCGAUUCAUUUGAUUCCUCCAUCUUUCCGAGAACAUGCUCCAUUAGUAAAUAAUCGAAGUAUUCCAACAAAUCAAGGAGUAAGUGUUUCAACACCACAAUUGGCUGAAGCAACAAGUAUGGAAAUAAAAGAAGCUCUUGAAGGAGAUAAUGAAGAAAUGAAACAAUUGGCUGAAUCGAUUCAGACUAUGCUUAUUGAUCGAACGUUAGUUUUUUAUUGAAGUUUCGAAAAAAUUUGUGAGAUUUUCAGAAAAAUUGAAGAGAAUGUUCUUCAAUUGGAAACUGAUAUGGAUGCGAAAAAUUCGAGAAUUAAAAAUCUGCAGAUUGAAUUACAAACUUUAGAAAGUACUGUAAAACAACUCGAAAGACAAAAAACAGAAGCAACUCGAAGAUUGAAUGAUUAUGAUAAUCAAAUACAACAACUUGAAGCUGCUUGUCAAGCACAAAGAGAAAAGAAAGAAGAAACUGAGAAACGAAUGAAACAAAUUGAAGAAGAUUCGAAAAAUGCUGAAGAAAGUGCUAACGUUAGUUUAUUUCAUUUAUAAUUUUUAAAAUUUUCAAAAAUGUUUUAUAGGUUGAUCAAAAAGAAAUGGAGGAAUUGAGAAAAGAAAUUGCUGAACUUGAAAUUAGCCAAAAUUCAAUUCGCGCAGAAAUUCAAAAAGAAGAAUUUGAAAAUGCGAAUAUUGUUGGAAAACAAACAAAAUUAGAGCAAAAAGAGAUUCGCGAUAAUCGACAAAUGUCUUUGAUCAGCCAAGAAAUUGAAAAUGUACAAAAAAUUGAACGAGGAAAUUGUUGCAGCUGUUGAAGAUGAAAACGAAAAAAAUAUGGAGAAUAAAUUUAGAGAGAAGCCGAGUUUGUUAUCAACAACAUUGAAUAAUUCACUGAUGUCGGAUGAAACUGUUUAUAAUGAACCAUCAACAUCUCAACAACAACAAAUUGAUCCAUUUGCACAAGCUAAAUCUAGUAGGUUUUUUUUAGAAGGGCGUCUAAAAAUAGGCCCUUUUUCAAUUGACAAAGCGUUUUUGGUUACUGUAUUCUCUGAGUCACAACAUGAUUCAUUUUAAUGAAAAACUUGGACAACUUGAGAAGACAAAAAUGGAUAAUUUUUAUCAUAAAUUCAUAAAUUUAAAAAAUCCGAGUCCCUAAACAAAGAAAUAUCACAGGAACCUUUUUUUUUAUAUUUUUUCCCGAUUGUCUUGUUUUUUUUUCAAAUUCCAUGUUUUCCAGACGCAAUUGCCGAUCCUUUCGCUCAAGUUGAUCCAUUCGCAAAUCAAGGUUCAUUUGCUGCCGCAUUUCCAUCAGAUCCAUUUGCUCAAGGUUUUCCAGCUGAUGCUGGUUUCGAAUCAACCAAUGCAAAUAUCAAUAAACCACCUCCACCAAGACCAGCACCACCAAAGUCAUCGAGAACAACACCUGUGAAUAACGAUCCAUUCGCGUAAGUUUUAUCAAUUUUUUAUCCCAAGAUUAUUUUUUGACUGGUUUCCCUUUUGGAAAACUAUAAAAAAACAAAUUUUUGCAGUCCUUCACAAGGAGCUGUUCAGCAAACUGCUAAUUUUGCCAAUUUCGCUGAUUUUGGUUCAGCUUUUAACUAA